CUUUAUUGUGGUCAACAAUGGAGUUUUUCUCCACCCGGGUUCUUUAAUCUUCAAAGAUACAACAUUUUAAGGUCUUUGCUAGUCUUAUGAGCUCGAGACGAAGCUGGAAAGGGGAAAAUGAAGAGUGAUAGUAUUCCACUAGCUCUGUCUCAGCUUCCUCGUGCGCCGGUCCGCCCUCACUCAAGAUGGCCGCCAGCAAAAUGGUGCAAUGACGCGAGACAGCGCCGCCGUGGUUGCCAAGGAGAUGCGAACACCGGAAAUGCGGAAUUCGGGGAGGACGCGCGCACAGGCCGUAGGCUAGAGGGCGGGCGUCACAGGUCCUGUCAGGGAAGAACUUGGCAGGUCCUGACAGGGGAGAGCUGUUUCGGCCGCACCUCUGCUAGUAGUAGUAGACGGCGCGGCUGGGAUGGAGUCGCGAGUCGCGGGCUCGGGGGUGGGCAAGCCUGAGCUAGCCGCGAGCGAAGGUGCCACACUUGGUGGCGCCACUCGGGGACCCGCAGUCUCGGCGUCCCUGGGAGCCGCCCGGUGGAAGCUCCUGCGACAGGUUCUGAAGCAGAAACACCUGGAUGAUCGUCUGCGACAUGUAUCUGUAAGAAGGUUUGAGUCAUUUAAUCUGUUUUCAGUGACCGAAGCCGAGAAAUGGGAAACUAAAGAAGAGGCUGGUGCAUGGAUCCAAUACAGAAGUGUCUUUUAUCCUGAAUAUAGUAUCUUCUUAAGGCAUAAUAGUGGGUCCUUGAAUGUUGAAGAUGUUCUUACCAGCUUUGACAAUACAGGAAAUAUCUGCAUCUGGCCGUCUGAAGAGGUUUUGGCUUACUACUGCCUCAAGCACAGUAAUAUAUUCAGGGACCUUGCUGUGUGUGAGCUAGGGGGUGGCAUGACAUGCUUGGCUGGGCUCAUGGUUGCUAUUUCUGCAGAUGUCAAAGAAGUUCUGUUAACUGAUGGGAAUGAAAAGGCCAUCAGAAAUGUGAGAGACAUCAUCGCAAGGAAUCAGAAGGCUGGUGUGUUUAAGACUCAGAAAAUAUCAAGCUGCGUUUUACGAUGGGAUAAUGAGACAGAUGUCUCUCAACUGGAAGGACAUUUUGACAUUGUUAUGUGUGCUGACUGCCUGUUUCUGGACCAGUACAGAGCCAGCCUCGUUGAUGCAAUAAAGCGAUUACUCCGGCCCACGGGGAAAGCAAUGGUAUUUGCCCCACGCCGAGGGACUACUUUAAGCCAGUUUUGCAGUCUAGCUGAAAGAGCUGGCUUCUCUAUCCAAAGACAUGAAAAUUAUGAUGAACACAUUUCAAACUUCCACUCCAAGCUGACCAGAGAAAACUGCCCAUUCAAUGAGACCUGACCAGGGAAUAAGAGGCACAUUUCAGUGAAUUCACUAGCCAGAAGCAAAGAAACUUUUUAAAUUUACUACAUUGCAAUGGUAAAGCAUCUUUGCGCUAAAAUAUUACACUACCCAAGGCUGGUAAGAACUGUAAAUUAUCGGAGUGGCGUAAUAGAGCGCGCGAUUUUUUUUUUUAAGACAGGCCUUCGGGGUAAUAACCAGGGUUGAGGCCCACGACAGUGCCAAAUAAGCUUUAGACAGCAUAAUAGUCUGCAAAGAAAGCCACAGAGCACUAAUGUGAAGGAAGAGCUGUCCACCACAUGCAGCAAAAAUCACCAAAGGUCAUUUUAUGGUAGCAAUUGUGACAUAAAAUUGGUGGUCAUGCUACAUGUCUAAUACUCAGCACAGCUUUAUAAAUGAUGGGCCCCUAGCGAUGGCUGUCAUUAAGUGCUUUCAUGAUAAUAAACUUUAAACUGUUGGCUUUAUGAAUCACCAGCUAGCUUCAGCUGUUCGUCGGAUGGAGCUUGCAGUGCCUUAAGUGUGACAAGACCUAUUAGGAAUUGCAACCAUGUUUCAAGCGUACUUGGCUUCCCCACUCCUGGGGUGAUUGCUGCCUAUUAAACGGCGUCCGGGAAGAUUUUCCUCCGGCAAUCGCUGAUCAAGAGCUUUUUUGGGCUUUGACCUGCAUUUCCUUCAAGACUUUCUCUGAGGAGUUUUAUAAGAGCAAAACUCCAGAGGAUUUAUAGCCACUUCUGAUUAAUACCUUUCCAGUUUUUCUAGCAACUCUCCCACCGCUGCAUAGAGAAAAGCUUUCAUUGUUCCUGAGGUGCUUAUUUGUGACCUUUUCUCUGCUUCCUGAUUCCCUCUACCGUGUUCUCUCUGUGAAAUCCUCGGGGUGGAACCAAGACAGGUGGUGAAGUUGUUACAGCUGGAGAGACAGAGAAGGAACCAGGCAGGCUUUUAUAUUUUUAAAGGAUUACAAGCCGAGCGGGCUGGCCCCGCCCAU